UUUUUUUUUUCUUUCCUUCUUCUUCUUCCAAUUCCUUUUGAUCGAUUUCUUUGAUCGACGAAAUGGCAAAGAAGCGUCGCGGCGGCAGCUCCAAGCAGCAGCAAGGACAGCAGCAGCAACCCAAGGACGUCGACCCGUUGCUGGGCGACGCGGGCCACGCGAGCGACAGCGACGACGGCGGCGGCGAGGAUGUUGUUGCGCAUCAUGCGGGCUCGCAGCAGCAGCAGCAGCAGCAGGCCUUCGACGACGGCAGCUGGCUGGCGACUGCGCACGCGUCGCAAUCGCACCAGGCGCAGCAGCACCAGACCGUGGCUCCGGCCGCGACAGGCGUGCUGGUCGACUUUGGCAGCGACGCGGCGUCGGUGCCGUCGUCGUCGAGCAUGGCAAUGCACUCGCAAGUCACGCCGACCAAGCCCGCAUCGACAGUGCAGCCUGCAAAGGCGCUGCCGAGACACCUGCUGGGCGCUGCGGACGAGGACAUGGCGCGCCAGGUCAAGCAGGCCGCAAUGCUCUACAAUGUGGGCCAGUCCUUUGACGAGGUGGCUCAGCAGAACGUGGCCAAGAAGGCUGCGCUGCAGGUCAACACCAGUGCUUCCGGACAGCUCCCACGCAUCGGCACCGAGCGUGCUACGCUGCUGGGCAAGGAGGCGCCUGUCGACCGCCUCAACGUUGCCUUCCUGAUCUUCUUCCUGCUGGGCGUCGGAUGCCUCUUCCCGUGGAACGCCUUCAUCACUGCCGAGUCGUACUUUGGCGACCGCUUCAACGGAACCGCGUACGAAUCGUCGUACUCAAACUACUUUACCUUCACGUUCCAGGGGACCAACAUUCUGUGCUUGGCUCUGAGCCUCCGUCUCCAGCACCUCUUCCCCGUCAAGCUGCGCAUUGUCGGUCCGUUCGUUGUCCAGUUCAUUUCCUUCCUGCUGACCACCAUCAUGGUCAAAAUGGACUCGGUUUCCGUCGAAGGCUUUUUCGGCUUUACCCUCGUGACGGUUAUUCUGUGCGGUGGCACAACGGCCUUCCUGCAAGGAGGAUUGUUUGGUCUUGCAGGCAUGCUCCCCGCGCGAUACACUGGCGCACUCAUGUCUGGCCAGGCGCUGGGUGGCAUUAUCGUGUCCCUCGCAAGCAUCUUCUCCACCGUCGGCUCGAGCAACCAGCAAGUCAGCGCGAUUGCGUACUUUACCGUCUCGGUGGUUGUCAUUCUCGGCUGCCUGAUUGGCUUUUUCGUUCUCUUGCGUCUCCCCGUGUACAAGUUCUACAUGGAAGUGGCCGACCACCACAAGGCUGUCCAAAGCCAGUCGCGCAUCAACCUCCUUCGCGACAAGCAGCAGCGGUACGGCUCGGGCGAAGGCUCCUCGCCCCUCCUGUCACCCUCGCGGUUGAGCGAUAACAUGCUUUCCUCUCCGCUGGACUCGAGCGUUAUCGUCAAUGGCCCGAUGGGUGGAAGCAGCCCCGCACCGCCGUCCCCGACGCCCUCAACCUACAGCACGACCAGCCCCACCAAGAUGCGCCUCAGCAUGUUUCGGCGGCGUAACGGCUCCAACCACGACUCUGAGCGCGGAUCCCAGAUCACCGUCGCUCGAAGCUUUGACUUUGGCGACGUCUGGAAGCGCAUCUGGCCGCUUGCCCUCGCUGUGGGCUACAACUUUUUCGUUACGCUCUCCGUGUUCCCAAGUAUCACGAGCUCCAUCAACUCGUACACGGCCGCCUCCGACCCAGACAAUUACUUUUUCAACAAUCUGUUUACGGCAGUCUCUUGUUUCUUGUUCUUCAACCUCGGCGACUACUUUGGCCGCAUCCUUGCUAGCUGGUUUGCCUUCCCUUCCGCCAAGUACGUCUGGAUUCCCAUUCUCUUGCGCACCAUCUUCAUCCCCUUCUUUAUGCUCUGCAACAUUAGCGGGACCCGACUCGACGUUGUCUUUACGAGCGACGCGUGGCCUUUCAUCCUGAUGGCACUCUUUGCCACCACCAACGGCUAUUUCGGCUCGCUUUGUAUGAUGUAUGCUCCCAACAAGGUCGAAGUCCACGAGAAGGAGAUUGCCGGUACCAUGAUGGUCUUCUGUCUGUCGCUCGGCCUGUCGCUCGGCUCACUCAUCUCCUUUGGCUUCAAGGCGAUUGUGACUGGCGUAAAUCCAUUCUAG